AUGUCCUCGGACCCCUCUGUCACUGUCCGGGCUGACUCGGGAGAGCCGCCUGCCAAACGCCAGAAGACCUUUGAUUACGGAGUUGACACCCAUUGGGAAGAGGGUUACUCUGGAGAACAUUUCAAGACUGUUGCUGUCGUGAACGCCACCAGAUUUUACAGGGCCACUAAAGAUCGGUUUAGGGCCUCGCAAGCGAGCAUGACUCACGACGGAACAGAGGUGAUGGACGCUGAUAUGACCGCAGUCUUGAAAGCCUGCGAUGGCGAUGAUGCCGACGAAGACCAUUGGAUCCACCUUCUCUUCCAGGUCAUCGAGUUUUGGCUCAGGAACGACCUUGAUCAGUCGGUGCACGACCAAAUGGUUGACUGCUCGAUUGAUGGGCUUAGAGCGGAGAAAAACCAAGGGUCCGACAUUGCACAUGCUAUCACAACCGCUAACAAAACUGUCCACGAGCUCCCUUCGGAUCGAAUCCCCAUGCUCAGAAUUGGCUCCAACAUCGUUGAUAUUCUGGCAUGUCUCAGCUUGUACCAUAACAGACAAUCUCUUGGUCCCUGGUACCUUCAUGACCGAUUCGACGAGGAGGAUCUGGGCUCAGACAUCGACGACGAAGCGUACAGAUACCUACUUGCUGGCUGGGGAGAUGCUUCAAAAUAUCCGCAAGAUCCCCUGAAGGAUGAGUUCGAUCAACACUGUCGCUACCACCUGCACGGAGACGAAGAAACUUGUUACAAGCGAAAGUAG